AUGGUUUUCAAGCCGUUUAAACCUCCUUUAAUCAGGAAACCCGUGCAACUGACCGAAACGACCGAUGCAAAUGAUCACCCGGCUAAGAAGCCACGCUUGGGGAAGGACGAAGCAACGUCCGAACCUCAGUCGAGGCCCACACCCACACUAGGCAGAAAGCCGUUGUUACAAGUGAGGAACAUCGGCAAAGACUCUACAGCCAAGACGACAAAUGGGGCUUUGAAUAAGGAAGAUGCAAGCUUCGAGAGAUUUUUCAACGCCCUCUGGAGAAAACCAACGGCGAAAAAGAACAAAACAUGGGAUGGGGAUGGUAUACUGGCAGCUCGAGGUGGAUUUCUCUACCUGCGCGAUGUGGGAGGCAAAGACAUGGGUCGUGUGGCAUACGAGUCAGAACUUGAACCCGGUAAAAUGCUCUACGUUGCUGGGAAAGAGGUGGAGAUAGAGUCGGAGAUACCGCGAGCAGAAUACCUGGCUGGAAAACAGUUUUUGAAUAAUGCAAAGACCGCGCCAACACCGCCUUCGCUGCCGAAGAAAACACCCCUGCCAGUUAUGAAAAGGAGCGAGUCACGGACGCUGUCGCUGCCUACUGGUCCUAGCUAUACGAGUUCGCUGAAACGCAGCUCAUCUGCUUUGGACGGUGGCUCUACGACACAGAAAGGCAAUGCUCUCGGCGCGUAUAAAGCGCCGCUGCUCAGCAAUACCGUCAACUCGUCAACCAAUUCCGAGGAAAUAGUUCCACGACAUGAUCCAUAUGCAAAGGGAGCGUUGGUCAUGCCUCGACCGAAAUCACUGCCCCCAGGGAAGCGGGUUGUCGAUGUGGUUAUUGAUCCAUUGUUGACAAAGAGCUUGCGCCAACAUCAGCGAGAAGGUGUCCAAUUUCUCUAUGAGUGUGUCAUGGGCAUGCGCGAUUUCAAUGGUAAGGGAGCCAUCUUGGCCGAUGAUAUGGGCCUGGGCAAGACACUGCAGACAAUCGCUCUGUUAUGGACUUUGCUGAAGCAAAAUCCCAUCCAUGGCGAACCUCCAGUUAUCAAGAAAGCACUCAUUGUCUGUCCUGUGACGCUCAUCAACAACUGGCGAAAGGAGUUCCGCAAGUGGUUGGGUAAUGAACGAAUUGGAGUCUUCGUAUUUGACGAUAAGCGGAAACGCUUGACCGACUUCACCAGGGGAAGAGCUUACAGUAUCAUGAUUGUUGGAUACGAGAAGCUGAGAACCGUGCAAGAGGGCUUGGCUAAGGGCGCUGGCGUCGAUAUCAUCAUUGCUGACGAGGGCCAUCGAUUGAAAACCUUGCAAAAUAAAAGUGGCCAAGCAAUCCAGUCACUCAAUGCCGCGAAGAGAGUCAUUCUCUCCGGCACGCCCAUUCAAAACGACUUGAGAGAAUUCUUUGCAGCCGUGGAUAUUGUCAAUCCUGGUGUCCUUGGCAACUUCAAGGCUUUCAUUCGAGAGUUUGAGACUCCUAUAGUCCGAAGCCGACAACCGGAGGCCACCAAAAAGGCCAUUGAGAAAGGCGAGUCCAUGAGCGAGGAGCUCCGAGACCUCACUUCCAAAUUCAUUCUCCGCCGAACAGCCGAUAUUUUGUCAAAGUACCUUCCGCCCAAGUCGGAGUAUGUGCUAUUCUGCAAACCAACCCGCGCUCAAGCAAACAUCUACAAGGCUGUUCUCCAGUCGCCCAUUUUCCAAACUGCCAUGGGUAAUGCAGAAAGUGCGCUUCAACUAAUCACCAUUUUGAAGAAACUUUGCAACAGUCCGUCACUGCUGUCGGCGAAGAAUAAUGAUAAUUCGCCCAAUGAAACGAUCAGCGCCCUUCUAUCUUCCCUGCCUCCAAAUCUCAUGCGUCACUUUUCUGCUUCUUCGAGUGCCAAAGUCCGCGUCUUGGAUCAGAUUUUGGAUAGUAUGCGCUCAAAGACAUCUGAGAAAAUUGUAUUGGUAUCCAAUUAUACGUCAACAUUGACCUUGCUCGCAACGUUGCUCACCUCGCUUGGUCUUCCCUUCCUCCGCCUGGAUGGAAGCACACCCGCACAAAAGCGCCAGCCACUUGUUGACGACUUCAACCGUCUUCCAGCGGAAGCAUGUUUCGCCUUCUUACUCUCGGCGAAGGCGGGUGGUACCGGUCUCAAUCUCAUCGGCGCUAGUCGUCUCAUCCUCUUCGAUGUGGACUGGAAUCCAGCCACUGAUAUACAAGCCAUGGCCCGCAUUCAUCGUGAUGGACAAAAGAACCACUGCCGUAUCUACCGUGUCAUCCUCAAGGGCAGUCUUGAAGAGAAGAUCUGGCAGCGCCAGGUUACCAAGCUCGGAUUGGCCGACAGUGUCAUGGAACACAAAGACAGCGUGGCACAAUUCUCCACCGCCGAAUUGCGCGAUCUGUUCCGCCUCGACGAGGAGAGCACUUGCCAAACGCACGAACUCCUUGGCUGUGAAUGCGGUGGCAAGGGAGUUUCCCCUGCCCCGUCAGGUACCACCACACCCGGAGACAACAGCGAAUCUGAACUCUCGGAGCUAAGCGAGCCCCCAUCCGACGACGAUGACGACGAAAGUCUCCCCGAUUUGCCAACCCUGAUGAAAGCUUCAGAGGUCGACAUGGACAGACAAGAACGCGCGAUUCGCGACAGAUCUGGUCGUGGUCGGGGAGCCUCCAAGGGCAAGGCCAAAACACAGAAGGAAAAGAUGCACCAGUCACUGGCACAUUACUCCCAUAUUGAUCCAUCGUUGCUUUCCACUGGUACUGAGGAUGACGAGGAGAUUGCAGCUGCUGUUGACGAUGAUGUGCUGGUUAAUAUACUCAAGGAUGAGUGUAACCAAAUUGGCUACAUCUUCAAGAAGACGAGUGGUGCGCAGGUGGAAAGCCCUGUGGAGGCACCUGAUUCAUGA